AUGGCCGGCCGGGUGAGUUUCCUUUAAAUAAGUGGCUUUAGGUAAACAUAUUUAGACAUAGACGAGAAUGAUAACAAUGCUGUGUUUUAAGGAUGUUUCAGCCACUACUAGCUAGCUAGCUUCCUCCAACACACACUAGCCUGUGUGGCAGAGUACGUCAUUCAAACCUCAGCCCGGAAGACGAGUAUCUUAUGACUAGUGUCCACUGCGAGCCAUGUAAUAUCAAGCUAGCUACACAAGACAAUACACUCAUAGUAUCUCUCAAUGCUGUAUCUCUAGCCAGUAUCGACCAGGAAACCUCAUAGUGAUAGUAGCUUGCUAACUAAGCCAGCGCAGUAUGAAAGGAUACAGCUAGCGAAACAAGCUAAAUCUCGCCUUCCAAGGUUUGACAGCUGGCUAACUUGUUGACUAGCUUUCAGGACCAGUCUAGCUAGGUAGAUAGUCCAGUGCCUACACACACUAGUACCAGCAGGGAAGUGACAUGUAAAUGUCCGACUGCUGGGAAAGAGGAACAACAACGGAUAGCUAAGUCAUUUUUAGUCAAAAUAUAAUUUAACGUUAGCAUUCCACUUUCAAGAUCUUUGAACAAUGUGGACUGUAGCACAGAUGAUAGGGGAUUCAUCUUUGACUGUAGUGUGUGGAAUCUGUGGAUGACACAAUAUUAUGAAGUGACUGGGGCCCCUGUAAUGCACAGGCUGCAGCUGUCUGCAUACUCUGCAAGAAUAUGAUAAUUGCUUGAGCAAUCACCCAUCACUAAUUUCCUAGUUCAACAGACAAUAAUAUAAUACCAUGCUUAUUCAUAUCAUGCGUAUAAACCAAAAUACUUAAAUCAUGCACAGUCAUGCUCACGUGUAGGGGGUAGUAUUUUGUAUACAUUUUAGAACAUUUGAGCUGAUUACAUUUUGAUAGAAUGUGAGGAAUUCCCUUAAAGGUAGACACAGCGAUAUGAUGUAGAUGCAGAAAGUAAACAACAUAGUAGGUCAAUUUCCGCAACAACUAAGAGCGUUGAAGCACGAACCUGUGCAUAUGCGCAGAUACUGUGUGUGACUGUGUGAGAGCAAAGUCUUGCGUCUCACUCAUCUCUAUCUGUGGUGGUGCUCGUGACAAUGUAAUUUCACUGAGUCUACCUUUAAACACAAUCUGCAACUCACAACAACUUAAAACAGCUGCUUAGCUAAAACUGUGCUCGCAGUGUUCCACAAAUCAUUAGAAAGUGUUUGCCUUAGAGUGGAAAAGCUCCAGAAAUUUGCUCCUGUAAGCCCAGUAUCCAACACAGUUUUCCAUGAUGUUCAUUAGCAUCAUUGGUUAGGUCCAAAAUAUAGACCUAUAUAACAUUAGUAUCUUUGAUAUUGUUUGGUGAACAGGCCAGCUCAGUUGCUCAAAUGUACUCAAAACCUAUGCAAGACUUUGCUCUCACACAGUCACACACAGUAUCUGCGCAUAUGCACAGGUUCGCGCUUCAACGCUCUUAGUUGUAUGCUUUAUGCUUUUUUCUGGCUACAUUUGCCCCAAAGUGGUUUCCCAGAAAAACACUGACUGUAAGCAUCAAAUAAUAUUUUGAUUUCAGUGAUACCAUCCUAAAAAUCUAAAAGGUCGAAUCUGCAUUUGGGGACACCAGCGCCUUUGUUAUUUUUUGGGGGUGUUCAAAUGGAGGAGAGGAGCAUCCCCCCCGCCCACACAAAAAGGUAUUAUUAUUAUUAUUAUUAAAACAAAUUAUAGCGGCCCUUGUGUGCACUUCCAGUAAUGCUGUAUACCCCAGUAUGGUACAGAAACGGUAUGACGGUAUGAAAAUCUGUAUACCGCCCAACCCUACCGAACACCCCCCCCCCAUUCACGUGGGGCUGUAGUGGAGCGGGUUGAAAGAUUCCUUGGUGUCCACAUCACAUAAUGUCAAAGUCAAAUUAUGUUUUUUUUAAAAAUGUUUACCAGUUAAUUAAAAAUGAAAAGCUGAAAUGUCCUGAGCCAAUAAGUAUUCAACCCCUUUGUUAUGGCACGCCUAAAUAAGUUCAGGAGUACAAAUGUGCUUAACAAGUCACAUAAUAAGUUGCAUGGACUCACUCUGUGUGCAAUAAUAGUGUUUAACAUGAUUUUUGAAUGACUACCUGAUCUCUGUACCCCACACAUACAAUUAUCUGUAAGGUUCUUCAGUCGAGCAGUGAAUAUCAAACACAGAUUCAACCACAAAGACCAGAGAGGUUUUCCAAUGCCUUGCAAAGAAGGGCACCUAUUGGUUGAUGGGUAAAAAUAAAAUAAAAAGCACACAUUGAAUAUCCCCUUGAGCAUGGUGAAGUUAUUAAUUACACUUUGGAUGGUUUAUCAGUAUAUACAGGCGUCAUUCCUAACUCAGUUGCCGGAGAGGAAGGAAACCGCUCAGGGAUUUCACCAUGAGGCCAAUGGUGACUUUAAAACAGUUACUGAGUUUAAUGGCUGUGACAGGAGACAACUGAGGAUGGAUCAACAACAUUGUUGUUACUCCACAAUACUAACCUGAUUGACAGAGUGAAAAGAAGAAAGCCUUUACAGAAUAACAAUAUUCCAAAACCUGCAUCCUGUUUGCAAAAAGGAACUUAAGUAAUACAAAAAACUGGUUUAGUCAGAUUUCCACCAGACACUGGGAGAUGAAUUCACCUUUCAGCAGGAAAAUUACUUAAAACACAAGGCCAAAUCUACGAUGGAGUUGCUUACCAAGAAGACAGUGAAUGUUCCUGAGUGGCCGAGUUACAGUUUUAACUCAAAUCUACUUGAAAAUCUAUGGCAAGAACUGAAAAUGGUUAUCUAGCAAUGAUCAACAACCAAUUUGACAGAGUUUGAAGAAUUAAGAGAAAAAUAAUGAACAAAUGUUAAACAAUCUAGGUGUGGAAAGCUCUUAGAGACUUACCCAGAAAGACUCACAGCUGUAAUCGCUGCCGAAGGUGCUUCUACAAAGUAUUGACUCAGGGGUGUGAAUACUUAUGUAAAUGACAUAUUUCUGUAUUAAUUUUCAAUAAAUGUGCAACAUUUUGGGGUAUUGUGUGUAGAUGGGUGAGAAAAAAUAAUUUACAUUUACGUCAUUUACAGUGGCGGCUGGCCGAUAGAGGGCGCUAGGGCGCCGCCCCCUUAAAUAAAAUUAUUUUAAAAAAUAAAAUAAAAAUAAUAAUAAUAAUAAUAAAAACAUCAGUAUGUCAAUAUUUGUGUGUUUGAAAUAUGGAAUGCACACAGUAAUAUGUGUAAGAUAUGAUAGAAAAUCAUAUUCUCAACCUUUCCUCUGCCUGUCAAACGCCUCGUCAGCUCUGGGCGAUACAGAAAGUGCCCCGAGGAGGCGGGUCUACGUAGCAGUUAAGCCAAUUGCUAAUUUAAGAUAUGAAUGUAUGACAUAAAAUGUAGCCAAUCAGCGAUCUUAAAUCAAAUCCAAGGAGGGCGAUUAUUUUAUCGCCCCAAGCUCGCCCCUGAUAAAAUAAGGACCGGGCUCCAGUGGCGCCAUUUUUACUAGACGACAAUGGCGAGCGCAAACGUUACUCCUCCAAGACCCAACCCUAACUCGGUGAAAUCUCUCCUCCAAGAUCCGUUUGAGAGGAGAACUUUGUCAGAGAAAGUUCGGGUGAAAGAGCUGGGCCCAGAUCAACCUGACCUCUCAAUCAGACAGCAGGCUAGCGAGAAAGGAAAGCAGUAUAUGCGCGGCUUCUCCCGUAGCUGGUACACCAGGAAGGCUUGGCUAGCUGGGUGCACUGAUGCUAAUGCUUUAUUUUGCUUUCCGUGCUUGCUUUUUAAAACGACGGGGUCAGAUUCAGCAUGGACAGGUACCGGAGUGAGGGAUAUGAAGCACCUGUCAGAGAAGGUAAAGAAACAUGAGAACACCAGGGCACACAUGGACAACUCUGUAAAGCUAGCUGUAUUAGGAAGGGUGAACAUUGCUACGCAGCUGGAUGACGGCCACAGGAUUGCGGUGAGGAAACACAAUGAGGAGGUGGAUAAAAACAGGCACAUUCUAUCCAAAAUUAUCGAUUGUGUGAAGUUCUGUGGGGCUUUUUGAUUUGGCCUUGCGUGGGCACGAGGAGACUGACUCCUCGGACAACCCCGGCAUUUUCCGGGGCUUAGUGGAUUUUGUUGCCUCCCUCGACAGUGUGCUGGAGGAGCACCUGAAGACAGCUACCGUUUUUAAGGGCACGUCAAAGACGAUACAGAACGAGCUGUUGGACUGUAUGCUGUCAGUGCUUAAGGAUUACAUCCUGGAGGAAGUAAAGAGUGCUGAUUUUAUCGCCAUUCAAGCUGACGAGACGACUGACGUUUCCACCCACUGCCAGUUGGUGCUUGUGAUACGCUACAUCGAUGCUAAAAGUAACGUCCAAGAGCGUUUUUUCGAGUUCAUUUUGAUCGAGAACGCAACCGCCGACACCAUCGCUACAGCGCUGCUGGAGAGGCUCAGCACCAUACUCUCACAUGGACAAAAGGCCAAACUUAUUGCCCAGGCUUACGACGGAGCAAGUGUGAUGAGGGGAGCCACCGGCGGAGUGCAGCGUAAAAUAGUGGAUGUGUACGAAAAUGCGCACUACGUCCACUGCUAUGCACAUCAGCUGAACCUCAUCAUGCAGCAGGCUACUUCACGCAUCCCCAGGAUCGGCACUUUCUUUUCCGACCUUGCAGGAUUUUCUGCUUUCUUCUCCAGGUCUCCCAAGCGAACCACCGUGCUUGACGAAGUGGUUGCGCAUAGACUCCCCAGAGCCUCUACAACACGGUGGAACUUCCACAGUCGCGCUGUAAACACUGUGUACGAGUACAGGGAUGACCUCCUAACGUGUUUCCAGACCAUCAGAGACUCUGGGAACUUUGAUGCCCCGACUGUCAGAGAGGCGGGGGGCUUUGUGAGGAUGCUCGAAGACGAGGCUUUCUGUUUUUUCCUGGCACUGUUCCACAAGAUCAUGCCAAAUGUGGACAUGCUUUUCAGCCAGCUGCAGAAGAGGAACAUCGACCCUGUCUUCAUUAAAGCACUUGUCCAGAGGUUCACAGACAGCAUGCUAACAAUCAGGUAAAUAACUAUAUUUACUAUUGGCUGAUAAAGAUGUUGUUAGAAAGAUGAAUAGUUCACUUACAACAGUUUAAAAGCCUAAAUGUGUCUGGUCAUCAAAGUGAGUGAUUAUCAUAGAGCCGUCACAAUUAUAUUUGUUUUAGUAUUUUAAAAGGAAAUGGAAGACACAAUCAGACGUUGAUAAUAAUGCAGGAAAGUACUACACAGUUUGUAAUAAUUAUUCAGGUGUCCACCAGGUCAAUUUCUAGAAGAGGCCUAGUUGUUAUUGAAGAUUAACUUUAUUGCUAAGUGCACAGCAGAACAAAAUGAUGUUGCAUCCCUCUCACAAAUGUAAUAGAAAAAGGCUUUAAAACGUAAUAACAUCAGUUAAUUAUGUACAUCACAGGUUAAAAGCAGUUACUAGACAUAGUUUGUGUGUAUAUACACACUAUCUGUCUGUCUGUCUGUCUAUAUAUAUAUAUAUAUAUAUAUAUAUAUAUAUAUAUAUAUAUAUAUAUAUAUAAAAGUCACUGGUUGUGUGUUGAGGGGGAAUUACAGUGAGUUAAGAAGUCUGAUUGCAAGUUAUCAAAUUAAACUUUAUUUUUUGGACCCAGGGCCUCAAUUCCCUCUUUGUGUGGGGACAGCGCAUCUGACGAGCAGCAACAGCCCAUCAAGCGACGGAGGAUGCUGGGACCAGGAGAACAACAGAGGUUGGCUAUAGAGGUAAGUUGUGAUGUAAUUGUCAGUGUUUCCCCCUAGAACUUUUUUCAGGCCUGGUAGUAUGUAGCCAAAACCCUGAACAAUCAGCACCUUGGUAAUCAUAUACUUGAGUUGGACAUAGGCAUGUGUCAGUCAGGAUCACUUGCAUCAAAAUAGUUUAAUUGCAAAUUAAAGCUGAUGAUGUAUCUUUUACAGGUAUGUGAUACCAUCCUGAGUCAUGCCAAAGAAAGGUUCUCCUUCACCCAGCACCUCAUCAGCGCAACACUAUUGCACGGAGAGUUGUUCCCACAACACAGUGUGAAGUUCCCCGAUACAGCGCUUGAAACGACCGUGGAGGCGUACCCCAUGUUGAACAAGGCCAAGCUCAAAACCGAACUGUCCCUCAUCUAUGAGAACAGUGAGUUCAAGGCUUGUAGUGGUGCAGUGCCCCUGUACCAGUUCUUCAUGGAGAACAACCUUCAGAGCACUUUCACAGAGACUGCCAGCCUCCUCAAUAUCCUCAUCACCACACCCAUGACAACUGCUGAGUCAGAAAGGUGCUUCUCUACACUGAAAAGGAUCAAGACCUUCCUGAGAAACAGCAUGACACAGGAUCGCCUGAACGCUCUGGCCAUGCUCUCCAUGGAGAAGAAACUUGUCAGGGACAUUCCUGACUUUAAUCAAAGGGUCAUUGAGAGGUUUGCCACUCAGAAGGACAGACGGGCAAAAUUCCUGUACAAAUAAGAUGACAGACACACACACACAGAGCAGCUCUGGCCGCAUGUUUCUUUGUAUAUAGUUGACCUUAGCAUAAAAAAUCCAUUUAUACAGUGGGGAAAAAAAGUAUUUAGUCAGCCAUCAAUUGUGCAAGUUCUCCCACUUAAAAAGAUGAGAGAGGCCUGUAAUUUUCAUCAUAGGUACACGUCAACUAUGACAGACAAAUUGAGGGAAAAAAAUCCAGAAAAUCACAUUGUAGGAUUUUUAAUGAAUUUAUUUGCAAAUUAUGGUGGAAAAUAAGUAUUUGGUCACCUACAAACAAGCAUGAUUUCUGGCUCUCACAGACCUGUAACUUCUUCUUUAAGAGGCUCCUCUGUCCUCCACUUGUUACCUGUAUUAAUGGCACCUGUUUGAACUGGUUAUCAGUAUAAAAGACACCUGUCCACAACCUCAAACAGUCACACUCCAAACUCCACUAUGGCCAAGACCAAAGAGCUGUCAAAGGACACCAGAAACAAAAUUGUAGACCUGCACCAGGCUGGGAAGACUGAAUCUGCAAUAGGUAAGCAGCUUGGUUUGAAGAAAUCAACUGUGGGAGCAAUUAUUAGGAAAUGGAAGACAUACAAGACCACUGAUAAUCUCACUCAAUCUGGGGCUCCACGCAAGAUCUCACCCCGUGGGGUCAAAAUGAUCACAAGAACGGUGAGCAAAAAUCCCAGAACCACACGGGGGGACCUAGUGAAUGACCUGCAGAGAGCUGGGACCAAAGUAACAAAGCCUACCAUCAGUAACACACUACGCCGCCAGGGACUCAAAUCCUGCAGUGCAAGACGUGUCCCCCUGCUUAAGACAGUACAUGUCCAGGCCCAUCUGAAGUUUGCUAGAGUGCAUUUUGAUGAUCCAGAAGAGGAUUGGGAGAAUGUCAUAUGAAACCAAAAUAGAACUUUUUGGUAAAAACUCAACUCGUCGUGUUUGGAGGACAAAGAAUGCUGAGUUGCAUCCAAAGAACACCAUACCUACUGUGAAUCAUGGGGUUGGAAACAUCAUGCUUUGGGGCUGUUUUUCUGCAAAGGGACCAGGACGACUGAUCCGUGUAAAGGAAAGAAUGAAAGGGGCCAUGUAUCGUGAGAUUUUGAGUGAAAACCUCCUUCCGUCAGCAAGGGCAUUGAAGAUGAAACGUGGCUGGGUCUUUCAGCAUGACAAUGAUCCCAAACACACCGCCCGGGCAACGAAGGAGUGGCUUCGUAUGAAGCAUUUCAAGGUCCUGGAGUGGCCUAGCCAGUCUCCAGAUCUCAACCCCAUAGAAAAUCUUUGGAGGGAGUUGAAAGUCUGUGUUGCCCAGCGACAGCCCCAAAACAUCACUGCUCUAGAGGAGAUCUGCAUGGAGGAAUGGGCCAAAAUACCAGCAACAGUGUGUGACAACCUUGUGAAGACUUACAGAAAACGUUUGACCUGUGUCAUUGCCAACAAAGGGUAUAUAACAAAGUAUUGAGAAACUUUUGUUAUUGACCAAAUACUUAUUUUCCACCAUAAUUUGCAAAUAAAUUCAUAAAAAAAUCCUACAAUGUGAUUUUCUGGAUUUUUUUUCCUCAUUUUGUCUGUCCUAGUUGACGUGUACCUAUGAUGAAAAUUACAGGCCUCUCUCAUCUUUUUAAGUGGGAGAACUUGCACAAUUGGUGGCUGACUAAAUACUUUUUUUCCCCACUGUAUAUGGUACUCUAGAAAGUCUUAAUAGUGUCUUUGCUAAUAUUACUGUAUAUAUGUUGUUUUGUAUCAAUUAAUUGUUGCAGUUCUGGAGCACAUUAACAAUUAGUCACAUUUAGUAUGAUCAUAAAAUACUGUAUGCUAUUCUUCCAGUCAAAGGUUUGAGUUCAUCCACUUGAUAUCCAUUUCUAUAUUAUACAUCCUUUUAUACAGUGUAAGAUUUCCUAUAAACUUUAUAAUAAUUUCAUGUUAUUGUCCACUUUCCACUCUGUUCUGACAGCAUGCCUGUUGCGUUGCCUGUUUACUACCAAUGGUGAAAAGUUCACUUUAAAUGCAAAUGAAAGGCUUGGGUUUGUGUAAUAUGUUUUUGUGUAAGAAUGCCUCAACUUUUUAAUAUUGGCAUUAAAUAAUUACUGAAUGUUUCACUGAGCACUGCUGUCCUGCAGUUUGUGUUAAAAUAUAUCGCGAUGGUUACAGGAAAAAAAAAAAGUAUGGCACAGCCCCACCGAGAAUAUUUUUCACCAGCCGCCACUGGUCAUUUAGCAGACGCUCUUAUCCAGAGCGAUUUACAAAUUGGUGCAUUCACCCUAUAGCCAGUGGGAUAACCACUUUACAAUUUUUUUGGGGGGGAUAACCAGUUUACAAAUCAAUGUAAUUUUUUGAUUCAAGCUGUAACACAACAAGAUGUGGAAUAAGUCAAGGGGUGUGAAUACUUUCUGAAGGCACUGUAUGUCUGCUUGUUCUCAUGUUGUCUUUUUGGUCUCGUCUCCUUCGCUCCUUUUGCUGUGACUGUGCACUGUCCCACACACACACCAAGCCCCUCCCCCUGCCACUCACAACAAAAAAGAUGAGAGAUCACUUUUUCCUCUCAGACAACAAGCCGUUUCAACUCGCUAUUUGCAUUUGAGGUUUGGUGAACGGAGUCGGUCAUAUGGACACUGAAAUACAUUGAGACAUUAUUUUACUGUAAUAGACAAGAACUUAACCUUUCUAACGAGACCCUUUUUAUGUCUCAACUCCUCAAAUUGCGCGAAGGGCAGACCCUACUAAAGCGGGAGUAUCAUUGAACAUUGAUUCUGGAAAAUGAAUGCUUAGUUUCUGUCGCGCUUGGCAUUGCGGUACAGCGUACCUAGCAGCAUUUUAGCCACAUACUGUUAUACUAGCGGUCUGGUCUGUGUUUUAUAAAUGUCCAAUGAGCAUAAAAAACUAUUAUAUAGAAAUAAGGUAGGCCACUUGAUUUCAGCAUCUGAACAAAGUGGACAGGCUAGCAUGCUGUUCAAGCAGUUGGAGACGGACAGAAGGGUGUGUUCAUAACAAUUCAACUCUUCUACCUUGUUAUCUAGCAAAUAGAUCCAAUUUGGCUAUACUUUAAACAUAAAAAUGUAAUACCAUUUUAUUUGUCACAUGCUUCGUAAACAACAGGUGUAGACUAACAGUGAAAUGCUCCCUUCUCCAACAAUGCAGAGUUAAAGAUAAGGUAAAAAAAAUAAAAAUAAAAUAUAUAUAAUUGAAAUGGUGACACAAGGAAUACACAGUGAAUAACUAAUAAUAAUAAUGUCUAUAUAUAGGGAGUAGAAAAUAACAUGGCUAUAUACAGGGAGUACCAGUACCGAGUCGAUGUGCAGGGGUACGAGGUAAUUGAGGUAUCUAUGUACAUAUAGGUAGGGGUAAAGUGACUAGUCAACAGGAUAGAUAAUAGACAGUAGCAGCAGCAUAUGUGGUGUCAGUAUGCAUGCGUGUGCAUGUUAUGUGUGUGUGUGUUGGGGUGUCACUGUAAGUGUGUGUGUGUGGGUAGAGUCCAGUGGUGUGUGUGUGAGUCAGUGCAAGAGAGUUAGUGCAAAAAAGGGGCAAUGCAGGUCAUCCGAUUUAGCUAUUUAGCAGAAAGGUUAGCUGGCUACUCACUAGCAUGUGGGCUUGUGCUUGAAAGGUUGUUUAGGAGACCUGUGUUAAUUUUCUAUAAUGCCUGCUACAAGAAGUUAGUCAUUAUUAGUAAAUGUACAUUAUGCAUGGUUCUGGUUACAUUUUUAACAAAAGGCAUUUUCAUAGACACACUUGAAAGACAAAGCAGGUUAAACUAUUUUGAUAAUGGUUGUGGAAGGCUUAUAUUUAGCCUAGGUAUAAUGUCACAAGCUCUGAAUUCAUUAGAUUGUUGCUGACUGUUUGAAAUGCAGUGUAUUUUACCUUUAAUUGUACAACAAAGCUUAUUUAGAGAAAUCAUAAAAAAUUGAGAUAUACACUGAGUGUACAAAACAUUAGGAACAUCUUCCUAAUAUUGAGUUGCACCCCCUUUUGCCCUCAGACCAGCCUCAAUUCAUCAGGUCAUGGACUCUACAAGGUGUUGAAAGUGCUCCACAGGGAUGCUGGCCCAUGUUGACUCCAAUGCUUCUCACAGUUGUCAAGUUUGCUCUAUGUCCUUUGGGUGGUGGACCAUUCUUGAUACACAUGGGAAAGGAAAUGGUUGAGUGUGAAAAACCCAGCAGCAUUGCAGUUCUUGACACACUCAAACCGGUGCGCCUGGACACCUACGACCAUCCCCCGUUCAAAGGCACUUAAAUAUUUUGUCUUGCCCAUCCACCAUCUGAAUGGCACACAUACACAAUCCAUGUCUCAUUUGUCUCAAGGCUUAAAAAUCCUUCUUUAACCUGUCUCCUCCCCUUCAUCUACACUGAUUUGAAGUGGAUUUAACAGGUCACAUCAAUAAGGGAUCAUAGCUUUCACCUGGAUUCACCUGUUUAGUCUGUGUCAUUGAAAGAACAGGUGUUCCUAAUGUUUUUGUGCACUCAGUUUAUAUCGUGAAUCGCUAGAAAAAAAUGGAGAUCAUGAUUUUUAGGCCAUAUCACUCAGCAGCAGUUGAUGGAGAGUGGAGGCAUGGGUAUUUGAAGUCUUCAAAGUAAGGUUUUCAGGAGAUAUUUUUAAAGUUACACUUGUAGCUCUUUGAAGUAUGAGAGGCUAUGGCUUGUAUAAAUCACAAUAAUCCCUAUGGAGAAUUUAUAGCUGUGAUAUAUUACAAGGUUACUAUCAACCAUUAUGGGAAAAUGUUGGGUAGGCCUGGAAAAUAGCCUGAAAUCCGAGAUGUCACAUUGAUAGAAUUUUACCAUAGCUCUUCAAAGAAGUAGCUAGGAGUAAUGACUUAUUCUCAAGAAGAUGUAAAACAACAACACCGGCCCAGACAGUUGAUUUCUUUCUUGAAAUGUGCAGUAGUUUGAGUUACACUGUUGGUUUCAACAGAAACCCUCAAGGGAGAACAUUAGCCUACACUUUAUGUAACAGGGUUACGUUUUAUUUGAUUUAUUAUUGAUUUUAUGAUUGUCAUCUGUUAAGCUGGUUACCAAACCUGAGUUGCAAACCAUCUACAUGCCUUCACUACCCACAAAGCACUAUUCCUCACUUUGCUUUCUCUUUUCAGUUUACACCAAUAUAUUUUAAAUUCUUCCCUUCUCCUGGGGGUAUGAAUGGAUAGCCUAUAGCAGGAAAAUCUUUUCCAUUCAGUCCAAUUUUUUUUUUUUUUUUUUUUUUUUUUUUUUUUAGGUCAUUUAGCAGACGCUCUUAUCCAGAGCGACUUACAGGAGCAAUUAGGGUUAAGUGCCUUGCUCAAGGGCACAUCGACAGAUUUUUCACCUAGUCGGCUCGGGGAUUAGAACCAGCGACCUUUCGGUUACUGGCACAACGCUCUUAACCACUAAGCUACCUGCCGCCCAAAUUAGCUGGAGUGAAGGGACAACCCCAUUCACUGCCUAGGCUAAUAGGCUAAAUUGAAUUUGUCUUAGACCCACUAACUUGCACAGAGGCGAUAUGGGAAGUUGGGCACACAGGCAAAAAACAAUGUUUAAUUAAAAAUAAGCUAUCUGGCAAAGGUGCAUAGGUUGACAAUCUACAUGGGAAUGCUGUUUGGGCAUUGAACCUGUGUCCCACAUGUAGCCUAGGCCUAUCUGUUUCUUUACUAUACUCCUUACAAUACAAUGUUGAGGAACUUGCCAAAGUUGUUUCUACUUAACUGGAUUGGAGCAGCCUUUAGUAGUACAAGCCAUUCAAAUAGUUGAUACUUACUAAAAGGCAUAGGCCAUCGCCAUGUGAUAACACAGCGAAGGGAAAUGUUUAUGUUGAAGAGGAAAUAUUUUCAUUAGAGCGUAUUAAUUGCAAUUGGUAUGUCACUGGGACGUGUACCUUUUUGAAAAGGUUAUCGAGUGUUGUUUCUGUCGUUCUCCUUUCCAGACUAUGCAAGUGGCGCGAUGCCCAACAGACGAUCUGUCACUUACCAACUGCGCAGUCGUGAGUGAGAAGGACCCACAGUUUGAACAGUAAGUAUUGUGUGUGUGACAGCUAUAUGGUUGUAUGCUGUGUGUGCAUGUACAUGUGUUUUGAUCCCCAGCCCUGAGGUGCCUCUGUCACAUCAAAGGCCAGUGUGUGUGUGUGUAGCGGUACAUCACAAUGGAUCACUGGGGCUCAGUUUUCUAGCCAUGAUGCCAAAAGCCCCAGGGCCGUCACAUUCUCUGUCUAUGGCUGCUCUGAUUUCCUUCUCCGUCACAUCACCAAAUAAUGUUGUUCUGUCUUCUCAUCUCUGGCCUUGCACCUGUCCGUCUCGGGCAGGUGUGGGACUCACCAAAGCUCUCUUACCUGGUCAAAGAAGUAACCCACCUCAGCAGAAAAAUGUCACCAUGGAACAUAUGGUCUCUCUCUCUCAGAGAGGGAGAGUUGAAUGUUGAUGUACUGUAGGGUCUUGACCCAUUGAAGGGGAUUUUAAAAUGUAUAAAAUUAUCUCUCAAUAUCAUGCUUGCUAGCCAUGUAAACAUGCAUAUUGUAGUUUUCUCUGUAUGGUAUGAUAAUCCUCUUCUCCUCUAUGCAGUCACGUGACCGUGAGAACCACGCCGACCCACAAGUUUGUGUUCACAGUGAAGACCCACCAGAGUGUGGUCCCAGGGACCAUCGCCUUCAGUCUGCCCCAGGUAGGAGCCACCAUCAUGGCUUUCAUAAAUAGGCUACACACUGGGUUCCAAGCUAUCCUUACUUGAAUGUCUUGUUGAAAUGUAAUGUAAUGAUAAACUGACUAAAAGUCUAACCCACAUAUUCAGGGCAUUGUAACUAAAGCCAUUAUUUCAUCAAUGAUGAUAAAGUUGGUUAAUACAAGUGCAGCGUAGUAACAAUGUGUAGAUGAAGUUGACACCUUCUGAGCUUCUUACUUAAGCUGAGUCCAUCUUCUGACUGUAUUUUACUUUAGCUGUCUGGCUACUAUGGCCCGUCUGUCUGCACGCUCCUUCUCUCUCUGUUGUCUUCUAUCAUGUGUGUCACUGCUUUUGACCUUUGACCUUGCCUGUCUCUGCCUGCUCUUUCUCUGUCUAUAAACUCUGCAGCCACAGCGGCACACAGGUACUGCGGUAACUUCCUCCACACCCAGUCUUAUUUUACAACUAGAUUGGAGUAUAAACAGAAGCAGUUGUAAAUAGGACCGUAGAAACAUUUGAAGAUGUAGCAAUGCACUACACGAUAACUCUUGACUGGACAUUUGUCAAUGGCCUAAUGCUCCAUACAGCAGCCAAGAGCUUUGGCCUAAGUCAUGGAAAGUAGGUGACACGUCGGUUCAAAAACCCUUAGCCUGGUCCGGACGGUUUCUGACCAUUGUGUGACUGAUGUUCUUCUUGAAAGAUGUUGUAAAAUAAGACCAUGCUUAAGAGGAAUGUUAGCCAACAUCACUGUCUUUGUCAGAACACCCUAGUUAUUACUGAUGGUUCAUUGGAGGUGUACUGUCUUAUUAGUUGCCCACAUAUGUUAGAAUGUCUCUUUUUCCUGUACCUUAUUGCUGGGUAACUGGAUUUUAUAAACAGUGAUGCCCUUUUUCUAUUGUCUUUGAUUGCAUAGUUAAUACAAAGGAAAUGUGUGAACUGUACACUGACUAGGAUACAUUACUUAUUUUUCAGAGAAAAUGGGCAGGCCUCUCAAUUGGUCAGGAUGUGGAAGGUAAGAGUAAAUCAUGAUGAUAUUGAACUGUGAGGUGAAUGCAGGAAGACAAGGUGCUGUCUCUCGACUUCUCUGAAUUAUUCUCAUUGAUUGCCAUUGUAUUACUGCUCUCCUAUCAUUAGCCACCAGAUGGCUAGCUCAGUCUCGAUAAUAAAAACCCAACAUCCCUCUCUAGCAAAAACCCUGUAACUUAAUCAUGUUUCACUCUGAAGGUUAUAGAGAAGUUUCUCCUCUGCCAGAGAAAUGCCAAUUAUCCCAUGAUCCUUUGCUGCAGCGAUAGAGCUUCAAAUGGCCACCCCCUGCCUGUUGAUUGAAAUCUAGGGUGUUUCUCAAAAUGCAUACUACCGUGCUCCGAGCACGCAAAUUGGAGCACGGUAGGGUCGGAGUGUGAGUCCAAAUCAAAGUAUGCAAAACGGAGCAUGGAGGGCACUUCUCGGAUGCGAGUGGCUACGGAUAUAGAGUUUCUGUAUCGCAAUUUGCCCAGGCGAAAUAUAUGGCGUUUUUUUUUUACAUAGCUGAGUGCCCACUCCGCUGCCUACGUAGCUGCUGUGCUGAGUGCUCCACUACCACUCCCCCCUCCUUGAUCGCUUUUGUCUGGUCACUGGUGUAACCUACAAAAUUCAUGUUGUACACAAAACUGUUCAAUCUAUUGCAUUCCAUGCCUCAGUAAGCGUAAGCGCGAUUUCAUGUUAUUUUUUCAGGAGGGGAGUAGGCUACAUGCAGCUAUUUACAUGUUUUACAGAAAACACAUUAUCGACAUGUUCGUACAAACUUUGUUGUCAUUAUUGCAAACGUACACUGAGUGUGCAAAACAUUAGGAACACCUGCUCUUUCCAUGACAGACUGUGAUCCCUUAUUGAUGUCACCUGUUAAAUCCACUUCAAUCAGUGUAUAUGAAGGGGAGGAGACAGGUUGAAGAAGGAUUUUUAAGCCUUGAUACAUGGAUUGUGAAUGUGUGCCAUUCAGAGGGUGAAUGGGCAAGACAAAAUAUUUAAGUGCCUUUGAACAGGGGACGGUCAUAGGUGCCAGGCGCACCAGUUUGAGUGUGUCAAGAACUGCAACGCUGCUGGGUUUUUCACACUCAACAGUUUCCCAUGUGUAUCAACAAGAAGAAGAUUAAGAAGAUGGCGCUGACAGACAUGGCAGCUCUGCUUCUAGCUCCUAAGCAACUUUGCAGUAUGUUGUUUUUUUGUGUGUUAUUUCUUACAUUAUUAGCCCAGAAUGUUUUUUUGUGUUAUUACAUACAGACGGAAAUAACUUUUGGAUAUCAGAGCGGCGGUAACUCACCAGCAUUAAGAACAGAAAUACGACUUUCCCAAAUUGGAUCCUCUGUUCGUACCCCCCAAUAAAGUAGACGAGCUCAGGGCGAGGAUCUCCUUCCAGAGAGACAUCAGGGACUGUAACAUACUCUGUUUCACAGAAUCAUGGCUCUCUCCGGAUAUACUGUCCCCGUCCAUACAGCCAGCUGGUUUCUUAGUACAUUGCGCGGACAGGAAUAAAGUCCUUUUGUACACCCGACCUAGAAUAUCUCACAAUCAAAUGUUGACUGUAUUACUUCCCAAGAGAAUUAUCUUUGGUUAUAGUCACAGCCGUGUAUAUUCCCCCUCAAGCCGAUACCACGAUGGCCCUCAAGGAACUACACUGGACUUUGUGCAAACUGGAAACCACAUAUCCUGAGGCCGCAUUUAUUGUAGCUGGGGAUUUUUAACAAAGCAAAUUUGAAGAAAACGCUACCAAAGUUCUAUGUUCUAUAGCUCUGCCUUAAAGCCAAUUCAUGCUUGCACUGGCAAUGCGAUCCGGAGGCUCCGUACACAGGGUUUGACACAAUUGCGGCGUCUCCGGAGGCUUGCAGAGGCCAAAUCGAGCUCUGUCUCCAAAUCUUUUUAACAAUGCGGAGGGCUCUGUAUAGCUCCGCGUUGACAUGAUUGGUUGACUAUAGGUGGGGCCGGGAGGUCCUGUAUAAACGCAAACUCACUUCCUUGACAACAGCUCUGCUCCGCGAAGCACAAGAAGUAUGAAUGCUCUGACUUCUGCGGAGGCCGCAUCUCAGUAAAUGUUGUACGGCCACUGCAGAUGAUGGAUUGACCAUGCAGAGCCUUUUGUCCUGGUGGUCCAGAUCUGUUUAAUGCUUUGGUCAACUCCUCUCUGUGUUCGUUCUUUGUCAAGCCAAACAUGUAGGGAUGACAAUGAUAGUUGGCUACAACACAUGCAGUAUGGGACCAGACUAGCUCUGCCUAGGAUAACAUGAUUUUAGUCAAGAUGUGCCCCUCUGAAAGUAUUAUAAGCAAAGUGUCGCUAUGUAAAGAGACCCUGACCUGGAAUAGAGCUGGUAAUUGGCUCGUUUGCAUAAUUACGGUACUGCAACACAAAGUGGGUGUGAACAGAUGUUGAAAGAACAUCUAGUUCCUUCAGCCCUGUGUUGCAGAGUGUGCUCUCUCAGGUGUGAGGUCCUGAACAACAGGCCCAUUUGAACUCACUGUAACGUGAACAGUACACUGUAACAGAUGGUCAUUAUUAUUUCACCAAGUGCUUCAAUAUACAUCAUCCAUUAGAAAACGAUGACACAAAAGUGGUUUGUCCUUGAUUAGGUUGUUCAUGGAAUAUGCUGCAAAGUGAAUAGCACUAACGAGCAAGGUACUAUAAUUGAACACCAACCAGACUUUUUACAUUGUAAAAACUCUUCUGCUAUGUCACUGUGUGUGUCCUUUCUCUGCUCUGUGUCCAUGUAGUGACCAGCUACAACUUUAACAAGUCCAAGCAGUGUGUGGGCACCAUGACGGUGGAGAUUGACUUCCUGCAGAAGAAGAGUGUGGACAGCAGCCCCUACGACUCAGACAAGAUGGCUACAGAGUUCAUCCAGCACUUCAACAGCCAAGCCUUCAGUGUGGGCCAGCAGGUACUGGAACUAUAGCCUACAGAAGGAAGCUGGGAUGACAGGGUGGGGUUAGACACAUACAUCUUAGAGGACUUUGGUGGUCUUGAGGCUCUUGGUGGAAGUUGCCCUUAGAAUAAGAUCUAGGAUCAGCUUACCCUCAUUACAAACCAUAACCAUUGCAAGGUGGCAAAACUGAUUGUAGAUCAUUAUCAAGGGCUAACAUUGUCGUACUCUUGGCUUUAGGUUGAGGGGUAGCAUAGAGUGAACUUCUCUGUCACGCCCUGGCUCUGGGGACUCUCGUAUGUUGAGCCAGGGUGUUAGUUUCUAUGUUUUUGUGUUCUAGGUUGUGUUGCUUCUAGUUUGGUAUUUCUAUGUUGGCCAGGGUGGUUCCCAAUCAGAGACGGCUGUAGCUCGUUGUCUCUGAUUGGGAGCCAUACUUAGGUAGCCGUUUGGCAUUUGUUUAAUGUGGUAUCUUGUUCCGUUUGGUUUGUGUAACCGUAGGACUUCACGUUUCGUAUCGUUUGUUGUUUUGUUCGUUGUGUGUACACUGAAAUAAAUAUGUACGCAUAUCACGCUGCGCCUUGGCCCGCUUCUUCUCAAGACGAUCGUGACAGAAGAUACCACCACGACUGGGUCAAGCAGCGUGAUGAGGAGAGAGGUUGGAAUUGGGAGCAGUGGAGUGAGAGUUGGGCGAGAACCAUGGAGGCCUGGUCCACGGGGGAGAGACAAGCCCAGACAUUUUUUAGGGGGGGGGCUCACGCCGUGGACGACGGGGCAGCAGGAGUACGGGAUAGAGUGGUUCAGAGGGUUGGCAGAGGAGGCCGCCAGGUUACGGGAGUUACUGGACACCAGGGGGAAGGAGAAUGUAGAGGCACGGCGAGAGGUACUGGGGUGUGUUGCCAGUCCGGUCCGGCCCGUUCCUGAUCCCUGCGUAGGGCCGGUGGCGUGUGUCCCCAGUACGGUCCGGCCUGUUCCUGUCUCUCGCACCGAGCCUGUGGUGCGUGUCGCCAGCCCUGGUCCGGCCUGUUCCUGCCUCUCGCACCGAGCCUGUGGUGCGCGUCGCCAGCCCGGUCCGGCCUGUUCCUGUCCCUCGCACCAAGCCUGUGGUGCGCGUCGCCAGCCCGGUCCGGCCUAUUCCUGCCCCUCGCACCAAACCAGUGGUGCGCGUCGCCAGCCCGGUUCGGCCUGUUCCUGCCCCUCGCACCAAGCCAGGGGUGCGCGUCACCAGCCCGGUCCGGCCCGUUCCUGCUCCCCGCACCAAGCCAGUGGUGCGCGUCGCCAGCCCGGUCCGGCCCGUUCCUGCUCCCCGCACUAAGCCUGUGGUGCGCGUCGUCAGCCCGGUCCGGCCCGUUCCUGCUCCCCGCACCAAGCCAGUGGUGCGCGUCGUCAGCCCGGCCCGGCCUGUUCCUGAUCCCCGCACCAAGCCAGUUUUGCGCGUCGCCAGCCCGGUCCGGCCUGUUCCUGAUCCCCGCACCAAGCCAGUGGUGCGCGUCGUCUGUCCGGCACAGCCCGUGCCUGUUCCACCGGUGCCUGGUCCGGCACCGGUCAGCUGCUCCACUCCGGAGCUAGAGCAAUCCGCUCCACCAGUAUUCAGUCCAGCUCCGGCCAGCAGGGCCAGACCGGACCAGGGGCGCUUUGGGGGGUUAGAGAGGGAGUGGGGGUCAUGCCCGGAACCGGAUCCGCCGCCGAGGCGGAGUGCCCACCCGGUCCCUCCCCUGUUGUGUUUGGUUGGCGCGGUCGGAGUCCGCGCCUUUGGGGGGGGGGGUACUGUCACGCCCUGGCUCUGGGGACUCUCGUAUGUUGAGCCAGGGUGUUAGUUUCUAUGUUUUUGUGUUCUAGGUUGUGUUGCUUCUAGUUUGGUAUUUCUAUGUUGGCCAGGGUGGUUCCCAAUCAGAGACGGCUGUAGCUCGUUGUCUCUGAUUGGGAGCCAUACUUAGGUAGCCGUUUGGCAUUUGUUUAAUGUGGUAUCUUGUUCCGUUUGGUUUGUGUAACCGUAGGACUUCACGUUUCGUAUCGUUUGUUGUUUUGUUCGUUGUGUGUACACUGAAAUAAAUAUGUACGCAUAUCACGCUGCGCCUUGGCCCGCUUCUUCUCAAGACGAUCGUGACAUUCUCAAAUGAUUUAAUAGCCCAAACAUUUUUAUUGUGUACUUAGAUUGUGACAAUUUGCCACAGUUUGUAUUUAUGUGUUCUGCAUGCUGUUAUGAUGCUUUACAUUCUUCUUACCUUCUAACAUUGGCCACUCUUCUUCCUCUUUCUUGAUGUCUCUAGCUGGUGUUUAGUUUCUGUGAUAAGCUGUUUGGCCUGCUGAUAAAAGACAUUGAAGCCAUGGACCCCAGCAUCCUCAAGGGAGAAGCAGGCUCUGGGAAGAAGCACAAGGUACCUAGAGACCCAAUCGACCUAUCUCAGGACCUCGAUUAUCUCCAUUAGAUACAGUUUAUAUAUUAUUAAUAAACGUUACAUUACAUAGGAUUAUUCAUACACUUUAACUAAUCUAGCUGACUAUAGGUAUACAGUAGUUAUAGUGUACAUAACACGGUGAAGUAAGUCACACCCAAGGUGCUAGAUAGUAAGGUAAAUUCACAUGGAGAGCUGUUGGAAUUCUCUCAGUCCACCAUCUGCUCACUCCUAACUGUCUUCUAUCUCUGUGGUCUUUACAGAUUGACAUUGGCUUGUUGCUGGGAAACAGCCAGGUGGUUUUCGAGAAGGCAGAGAGCUCCUCUCUUACCCUCAUUGGUAAGUGUCAUCCCUGGCUCGCUCCGAUGCAGAAAACUGGCAGUGUGUGACGCUAUCUUGUAUUAAGUGGCUACAGCAAAUCUAUUUAGUCUCACUCCAUUACAGAAUGUGUAAAUCAGGGUAUAUAUAUCUGACAAGUUGAUCCGCUCAAAGCGUGGUUCUCAGCAUAUUAAGAUGUAAAAAGGCUUGACAUUUGCGUAUUUAACUAAAGUGGAUUUGCUUCUUUUGGCUAAGCUAAGUGACAUUCGGCCUCACUAAACCACACGCUAAACCACCCUUACUGACUUUAUCUAUUUGUGGCAUGUGCUUGUUACCCAAUACAACCACAAGGUGGCACCCUGUCCACAGUUUUAGUUUGGCUUUCAUCUUGCUCUCAGAAGUUUUGAGUGAUGAAAUUCUAGAUGGCCCUAGAGGGGAAAGUGUCAUUUUUUCCAGUGGCAUGUUAAGUACAUGUUUCUUUAUGUCUUUGAUGGAAUAUUUAGUUAAUACAUUAAAAGCUUUACACCAUUCCCCCUCUAUGAGCUAAGAGUUGCAGCUAGUGCCAGGUUUACACACAUACAAAACACUAAUGGAAGAAGAAAAGGUCAAAGGAAUCAGAUCUUCAGGUUAACAUGAACUUUUUUAGCUUAUUUUUUGUGUAUUUUAUGCCCUUCUGAAAAUCACAGGUGCAAACUUCACACAGGCACAAACACUUAGCAGGUAAAUUAUCCUCUGUAAUUCAGUUGGUAGAGCAUGGCGCCUGCAACGCCAUGAUAGUGGGUUUGAUUGCCGGGACCACCCAUACAUAAAAUGUAUGCACACAUGACUGUAAUUUGCUUUGGAUAAGCAUCUGCUAAAUGGCAUAUAUUAUUAUUAUUAUUAUUAUUAUUAUUAUUAUUAUUAUGUAUUAAAUAUUUCUCUCUGUACCUUCGGAAAGUAUUCAGACCCCUUGACUUUUUCCACAUUUUGUUACGUUACAGCCUUAUUCUAAAAUGGAUUAAAUAAAUAAAAAUCCUCAGCAAUCUACACACAAUACCCCAUAAUGACAAAGCGAAAACAGGUUUGUAGAAUUUGUAGCAAAUGUAUUAAAAAUAGAAAAACAGAAAUACCUUAUUUACAUAAAUAUUCAGACUGUUCGCUAUGAGACUCAAAAUUGAGCUUAGGUGCAUCCUGUUUCCAUUGAUCAUCCUUGAGAUGUUUGUACAACUUGAUUGGAGUCGACCUGUGGUAAAUUCAAUUGAUUGGACAUGAUUUGGAAAGGCACACACCUGUCUAUAUAAGGUCCCACAGUUGACAGUGCAUGUCAGAGCAAAAACCAAGCCAUGAGGUUGAAGAAAUUGUCCGUAGAGCUCCGAGACAGGAUUGUGUCGAGGCACAGAUCUGGGGAAGGGUACCAAAACAUGUAUGCAGCAUUGAAGGUCCCCAAGAACACAGUGGCCUCCAUCAUUCUUAAAUGGAAGAAGUUUGGAACCACCAAGACUCUUCUUAGAGCUUGCCGCCCGGCCAAACUGAGCAAUCGGAGGAGAAGGGCCUUGGUCAGGGAGGUGACCAAGAACCCAAUGGUCACUUUGACAGAGCUCCAUAGUUCCUCUGUGGAAAUGGGAGAACCUUCCAGAACGACAACCAUCUAUGCAGCACUCCACCAGUCAGGCCUUUAUGGUAGAGUGGCCAGACGGAAGGCACUCCUCAGUAAAAGGCACAUGACAGCCUGCUUGUAGUUUGCCAAAAGGUACUUAAAGACUCUCAGACCUUGAAAAACAAGAUUCUCUGGUCUGAUGAAACCCAGAUUUAACUCUUUGGCCUGAAUGCCAAGCGUCAUGUCUGGAGGAAACCUGGCACCAUCCCUACGGUGAAGCAUGGUGGUGGGAGCAUCAUGCUGUGGGGAUGUUUCUCAGCGACAGGGACUGGGAGACUAGUCAGGAUCGAGGGAAAGAUGAACGGAGCAAAGGACAGAGAGAUCCUUGAUGGAAACCUGCUCCAGAGCGCUCAGGACCUCAGACUGGGAUGAAGGUUCACCUUCCAACAGGACAACGACCCUAAGCACACAGCCAAGACAACACAGGAGUGGCUUCGGAACAAGUCUCUGAAUGUCCUUGAGUGGCCCAGCCAGAGCCCGGACUUGAACCCGAUCUAACAUCUCUGAAGAGACCUGAAUGUAGCUGUGCAGCAAUGCUCCCCAUCCAACCUGACAGAGCUUGAGAGGAUCUGCAGAGAAAGAAACUCCCCAAAUACAGGUGUGCCAAGCUUGUAACAUCAUACCCAAGAAGACUCGAGGCUGCCAAAGGUGCUUCAACAAAGUACUGAGUAAAGGGUCUGAAUACUUAUGUAAAUGUAAUAUUUCAGUUUUUUUAAAUAUAUAAAUUAGCAAGCAUUUAUAAAAAACUGUUUUUGCUUUGUCGUUAUGGGGUAUUGUGUGUAGGUUGAUGAGGGGAAAAAAACAAUUCGAUAAUUAGAAUAAGGCUGUAACGUAACAAAAUGUGGAAAAAGUCUAGGGGUCUGAAUACUUUCCUAACGCACGGUAUGUUUGUAACUGUGUCUCUCAAUGUGUCCCCUACAGGGAAGGCUAAGACCAAAGAGUCUCGCCAGUCCAUCAUCAACCCAGACUGGAACUUUGAGCGCAUGGGCAUCGGUGGCCUGGACAAAGAGUUCUCCGACAUCUUCCGUAGGGCCUUCGCCUCCCGGGUCUUCCCUCCAGACAUCGUGGAGCAGAUGGGUGAGCUUCUUCUCUAUCCUCUCUCUCUCGCUCUGUCGCUCUUUCUCUUCCUCCAUAUUUCUUUCUCAACAGAAGUUUCUCUUGACUUUCACUCAAUCAAUCUUAUUCACUCUUUCUUUCACAUGCCUGUUGUCACACACUCGGUUUCACGCUCUCUCUUUCUAGUACUUUCCUUCUCUCAUUCUUUUUAUAGCUCACACUAUGUGUAUUUGUCUCUCACCACAUCCCCCCGGUAACCACUUUUUGAGGUCCCAGGGUGCCUGUGUUCCAGCCUAGCGUUAGACAGACCGAACCAUUAGCCACUGUGAGGAGGGGGGGCAGGACAGCCUGCCAAAACAAAUCACUCAAUCAGUCUCUGGAUGGAACACCAUGACAUGAAUAAGCCUCUGUGUUCAAAUGGCAUUGAUUCUCAGACCAAUACUGCACAUUGUGACAAACACGUCAGACUAUUUUCGGGGAAAAGCCUCUAACAAAUGGACCCAAUGGGAAUACUAUUAUUGGACUGACAAUGUAGUAGUGUCAAUCUUUUCUCUUUGUUUGCCAACACUACUGCACACUAGACUGAAACUAGUUAUUGAAAAAUAAAUCAUUGUCUGACUCCCUCGGUUAGGCCCAAGAGGGCUUCCAUCAUUGGACAGACAAUGUAGUGUCCUCUCGGGAUGCCGCUCUCAGUCGUCAGUGAGUGAGUUAUGACACAGGCACCCAUCCCCCACGGAAUGAUCCAUGCAUACACUGCUAAAUAGUUGUUUGACAUGUCUCAGAUUACAAUGCUGAUUCCCAUUGCUAAAUGAUGGCUCAUAGUGAAAGCAAGUUAGGUGCUCUUCUGCAUCAUCUUUACGCACACACACUCACACACUCACUCACUCACAGAGCCCCAGUCCUAUCCUCGUGGCGUCCGGUAUGAGUUUGAGAGGAGCUGAUAGGUUGGGAUGUUGGCAGUGAGGCCCUUUAUAUACUUCCCCAGAGUCAGAUGAACUCGUGGACACCAUUUUUAUGUCUUUGUCUCCAGUAUGAAGGGAAGUUAGAGGUACAGUGCCUUAAAAAUGUACUUAUUCCACAUUUUGUUGUUACAGCCUGAAUUCAAAAUAGAUUCAAUAGAUUUAUUUUUCUUACCCAUUUACACACAAUACCCCAUAAUGACAAAGUGAAAACAUGUUUUUAGAAAUGAAUGAAAUACAGAAAUAUCUCAAUUGCAUAAGGAUUCACACCCCUGAGUCAAUACAUUGUAGAAGCGGCGAUUACAGCUUUGAGUCGUCUUUGGUAUGUCUGUAUCAGUUUUGCUUCCUUGCAGAUUUUCUGAAGCUGUGUUAUGUUUAAUGGGGAGCGGCGAUGAACAGAUAUCUUCAAGUCUUUCCACAGAUUUUCAAUAGGAUUCAAGUCUGGGCUUUGGCUGGGUCACUCAAGGACUUUCACAUUCUUGUUCUGAAGCCUUUCCAGAGUUGCUUUGGCUGUGUGCUUGGGAUCAUUGUCCUGUUGGAACGUAAAUCUUCACCCCAGUCUAAGGUCAUUUGCACUCUGAAGCAGGUGCUCAUCAAGGGUUUGCCUGUAUUUGGCUCCAUUCAUUGUUCCCUCUAUCCUUACCAGUCUCCCAGUCCCUGCGGCUGAAAAGCAUCCCCAUAGCAUGAUGCUGCCACCACCACGCUUCACGGUAGGGAUGGUGUUUUCUCCAGACAUAGUGCUUUGCAUUCAGGCCAGUUACAUUUUUGUCUCAUCAGACCACAGAAUAAUUUGCCUUAUGCUCUGAGUCUUUCCAGUGCCUUUUUGCAAACUCCAGGUGUGCUGUCAUGUGCCUUUACCUCAGGAGUGGCUUCUGUCUGACCACUCUCCCAUAAAGCCCAGAUUGGUGAUGUGCUGUAGAGACUUUAGUCCUUCUGGCAGGUUCUCCCAUCUCAGCCAAGGAACUCUGUAGUUCUGUCAGAGUGGUCUUGCCCGGUUGCUUAGAUCGGUCGGACAGCCAGCUCUAGGCAGAGUCUGGGUAGUUCAUUGUUUUUCAAUUUCCCAAUGAUGGAGACCACUGUGCUCUUGUUAACUUUCAACACGCUACAAAAUUGUUUUAAACCUUUCCCCAGAUAUAUGCCUCAUCACAAUUCUAUUUCUGAGCUCUACAGACAGUUCCUUGGACUUCAUGGUAUAGUUUCUGCUCUGACAUGCACUGUCAACUGUGGGACCUUAUUGUAGUAACAUCUCAAGGGUGAUCAAAGGAAAUUCGAUGCAGCUGAGCUCAAUUUGGAGUGUCAUAGCAAAGGGGUUUGAAUACUUACAGUAUGUAAAUAUUAUAUUUCUGUAUUUCAUUUUUUGCAAACAUUUCUAAGAACAUGUUUUCACGUUGUCAUUUUGGGGUGUUGUGUAUAGAUGGGUGAGGGGGGAAAAAAGUAAUCAAUUUUGAAUUCAGGCUGUAACACAACAAAAUGUGGAAUAAGUCGAGGGGUAUGAAUACUUUCUGAAGGCACUGUAGUUUCAAGAGCCAAUGCUAACUAGCAUUAGCGCAAUGACUGGAAAGUCUCUGGGUAUCUGCUAGCAUGCUAGUAGAUACCCAUAGACUUCCAGUCCUUGCGCUAAUGCUAGUUAGCAUUGGCUCGCGAAACUACCCCUAACUUCCUUCAUUCUUGACACAGAGACAUAAAAAUGGUAUCCACUAGUUCGUCUGACUCCGGGGAAGUAGAUAAAGGGCCUCAUGGCCAAAAUCCCCAAGUAUCUCUUUAAGCGGUGCUACGGGGUGCAGGAGUUGGCCCCUGGCUGUGGCCAGCUGGAUGGUCUAAUGAGAUAGCGAGCCCUGAUAGAGGAGAGUCUAAAGGUGAGGGUGUAAUUGGGGAGUGUCAGGGAGGGCAGGUGCUGAUAGAGUUGACCGUAGGGGGAAGGUGUGUGUGGCCUCUCACUCUCUCCAUGUCUCCCCACGCUCUCAAGGUCAGGCAGACAGCAAGGGGUCACACACACACACACACACACACACACACACACACACACACACAAAUACUGCAAUGCUCUACCUGGAGCCCCUCCUCACUACCCCUAACUGUCUUCCCUUCAGCAGGUCUAAAUGGGAGGGCUGAUGUUUAUCUCUGGCCCCUCAAUGAGUGUGGAGCAAAUGUCACUAAACAGGUGCAAUAAGCUACGACAGGACCAACGCAGUCUGGUUUUCAGUCGAGACCCAAAACUGCUCCAAAUUGGUUGGGUCUAAUAACAAGUCUUGAUCUUUAUGAGAAACACAAUCACAGAGUCAACUUGUAUUGAAUCAUAGAAGGAAUUGCAGUACAUCUAGGCAUUUUCAUCUUGUUUUUCUGCCUCAUUCUCCCAAAUUGAACCUGUGUAGUUUGAGUACCUUGGGAAUUUUUCAUACUCAGGUAUGUAUGAAUCAGAGAUGAGAUCAGACAACGACGUAAAGGCAAAAGUCACCUCAUACAAUGCAUUGGAGAAUGGGCACAUGGAAACGUACUUAGCGUAGAGUGCUACAGUGGCCUAAGGGCUUUUCUCACCGACUGAUACGAUUGUGACGCACAUAAACCAUUCGUUUUGAUCAACUUUUUGACGGUGUCCCUCCCUGGCAGGUUGUAAGCAUGUGAAGGGCAUCCUGUUGUUCGGGCCUCCUGGCUGCGGUAAGACUCUGAUGGCCAGGCAGAUUGGGAAGAUGCUGAACGCCCGCGAGCCCAAGGUGGUCAACGGCCCCGAGAUCCUCAACAAGUACGUGGGAGAGUCCGAGGCCAACAUCAGGAAGCUGUUCGCCGACGCAGAGGACGAGCAGAAGAGGGUGAGAGGGACACAUGAUUACUCUGUAACAAACAUAAAAACUCUGGAAGAUCCACACACACACCAGUAAAUACAUGUUGUAUGUCAUUGAAUACACCCAGUACCUUCAUUGCAAUUACUCCUGUGGUUACCAAGCACAACAUACCUGAUGAGUCAAUGAAAUAGAUGUCAUACUAUAAGGAUUCCUUACCCCGAGGCUAAUAUGCAGCCUACGCCACGAACCACAGAUAAGCAUCACACAAAUCCACACGGAGAAGCUAAUUUAUUCUGGAGAAGAUUGAUUUGCCCUUUAAGGAGGCAUAUUAGUAAUAAUAACGGUGGGAAAGUCAUUGGGUUUCUCCAUACUGUGGGACAGUUGCGUAUUGAGCCCCCGUAGUGACGACUGUGUGACAGUGACGGCCUCACUCUUCACCACCUAAUGAGGUGCUGGGUUAUCUCGGACACUCCCUCUGCCCCCCUCUCUCACCUAGCCCAUAAUAAGCCCAGCUCCUCAUCUGCUUUAAAUGCUACGUCUGGAGACUGACAGGGCCAGAGAUGGAUGGAUAACCCCCCACCCUGCUCUCUCUAUCUCUGGCUUUCUCUCUCUCUCUGGCUUUCUCUCUUUCUCGUUUGGGCAGACUCUGUCCCUUCAUGCCAGAGCAGAGGGAGGAUGAGGAGACUUUUAAAAGGGUUUUAGUUUUCACUCUGGUAACACCGAGGAGAAUUUAGCCCAGAACAGCCAUGGUGUGAGGGGUUGACAUUCUACACUGAACAACAAUAUAAACGCAACAUGCAACAAUUUCAAAGAUUUUACUGAGUUACUGUUCAUAUAAGGACAUCAGUCAGUUGAAAUAAAUUCCUAAUAUAUGGAUUUCACAUGACUGGGAAUGCAGAUAUGCAGAAAAAAGUAGGGGUGUGGAUCAGUAUCUGGUGUGACCACCAUUUGUCUCAUGCAGCGCGACAUAUCUCCUUCGCAUAGAGUUGAUCAGGCUGUUGAUUGUGGCCUGUGGAAUGUUGUUCCACUCCUCUUCAAUGGCUGUUAGAAGUUUCUGGAUAUUGGCGGGAACUGGAAAACGCUGUCGUAGACGUCGAUCCAGAGAAUCCCAAAUAUGCUUAAUGGGUGACAUGUCUGGUGAGUAUGCAGGCCAUGGAAGAACUGGGACAUUUUCAGCUUCCAGGAAUUGUGUAUAGAUCCUUGCGAAAUGGGGCCGUGCAUUAUCAUGCUGAAACAUGAGGUGAUGGCGGUGGAUGAAUGGCACGACAAUGGGCCUCAGGAUCUCGUCACGUAUCUCUGUGCAUUCAAACUGCCAUCUAUAAAAGGCAGUUGUGUUUGUUAUCCAUAGCUUAUGCCUGCCCAUACCAUAACCCCACUAUCACCAUGGGGCACUCUGUUCACAACGUUGACAUCAGAAAACAGCUCACCCACACGACGCCAUCUGUCCGGUACAGUUGAAACCGGGAUUGAUCUGUGAAGAACACACUUAUCCAGCGUGCCAGUAGCCAUCGAAGGUGAGCAUUUUCCCACUGAAGUCGGUUACGACGCCGAACUGCACUCAGGUCAGGACCCUGGUGAGGACGACGAGCACGCAGAUGAGCUUCCCUGAGAUGGCUUCUGACAGUUUGUGCAGAAAUUCUUUGGUUGUGCGAACCCACAGUUUUAACUAUCCGGGUGGCUGGUCCCAGAUGAUCCCGCAGGUGAAGAAGCCAGAUGUGGAGGUCCUUGGCUGGCGUGGUUACACGUGGUCUGCGGUUGUGAGGCCGGUUGGAUGUACUGCCAAAUUCUUUAAAACGACAUUGAAAAGGCUUAUGGUAGAGAAAUGAACAUUCAAUUCUCUGGCAACAGCUCUGGUGGACAUUCCUGCAGUCAGCAUGCCAAUUGCACGCUCCCUCAAAACUUGAGACAUCUGUGACAUUGUGUUGUGUGACAAAACUGCACAUUUUAGAGUGGCCUUUUAUUGUCCCCAGCACAAGUUGCACCUGUGUAAUGAUCAUGCUGUUUAAUCAGCUUCUUGAUAUGCCACACCUGUCAGGUGGAUGGAUUAUCUUGGCAAAGGAGAAAUGCUCACUCACAGGGAUGUAAACAAACGUGUGCACAAAAUUUGAGCGAAAUAAGCUUUUUGCGCGUCUGGAAAAUUUCUGGGAUGUUUUUUAUUUCAGCUCAUGAAACAUGGGACCAACACUUGACAUGUUGCGUUUAUAUUUUUGUUCAGUUUAGAUACUGUCCCUAUGUAGCACUGCAUUGACUUUGUGAGGCCAUUGGUAUCCUCCUUCCUUCUCCAUCAUUCACCCAUAUCUCUCUCCUCCAAUAGCUGGGCGCCAACAGUGGGCUGCACAUCAUCAUCUUUGACGAGAUUGACGCCAUCUGUAAGCAGCGUGGCAGCAUGGCAGGCAGCACGGGCGUCCAUGACACAGUGGUCAACCAACUGCUGUCCAAGAUAGACGGAGUGGAGCAGCUCAACAAUAUCUUGGUCAUAGGUACACAGACACACACACACACACACACACACACCAAUGUCAAAUAAAAUAAAAUUGUAUUUGUCACAUGCGCCGAAUACAACAGGUGUAGACCUUACCGUGAAAUGCUUACUUAUGUGCCCUUAACCAACAAUGCAGUUCAAGAAAUAGAGUUAAGAAAUUAUUUACUAAAUAAAGUAAAAACUAAAAACAGUACAGUUUCCUCUAAGCUGCGCGCGUGCUCGCACCUUCUCCAGGACUGCCGCGCAGAAUAAAUGCCAUGCCGCGCAGAGAUGCAAGAGAUUGAACUUCACUGAGUUCGCCUCAUUAGUUUGCACUAUAUAGAUCAACGUUUUUUCUGUGAUCGAAUCAACAUAUCAGCCCCAUUUUCAAUCCAACAAAACAAAACAAAUCUAACUUUGCAAGAUUGAGUCUGUGAUUUUGUAGUAGGCAGAGCCAGAGCGCAACGGAGUAGAAUUCUAUUGGCGGGGGUAGCCCACGAGCGGUCUUUCAAUCAACCGAGAGUUCAUGCGCUUUUCAGAUCAGUUCAGAUCAGAGUGCAGAGCCGCGCAUGUGCACAUUUGUUGAUAUUAUUAGCUAGUUAGCGAGUUAUUAGCCCAGUUAUAGAUAAGUAUAGGUCAGCAAUGGGGAGUUACUGCUUCCUACAAGAGCACAAAACUUGUAGGCUACAUUUCAAGCCGUCUUUGAAAUGCCAGUGAGGUAAAAAGCUUAAGUCUUAAUUAAAGGGUCAGUUUUGUAUUUUGAGACAGGCUUGAAUAUGCAAAUAAGCCAAUAGGCAGAGAGGAGUAGCCUACAUUUGUCUAAUUUGACUAAUUGUAUUUUGUAUACAAUGCAAUUUACAGUCACCUAUUUGGCCCAUGGUGUUACAGACCAAGUCAAAAAUCAUGAAUUAAUGUCAAGCCCUUCAUAAUGUAAAAAUGUUUUUAAACGUCUCAUGCAAUGUAGGCCUGCAUUGAACACCACAUAUAGCCUACUGUAGGCUCAUAGAAAUCAAAAGCUAUUUCCAUGUGAAAAUGUUGUGGGAUUCACUCCAUUGGUUUUGUUGGUAGGCCUACAUUAUGCUCAAAUGCUACUGUCUAAAACUGUAAGGGUACAGCCUCAGUGUUCACUGUAAAAUUCUCACAACUUUCAAGUUUCCUCUCACAAGACCCAAAAUGUGUUCAGUGGCCCAAAAAAAUAGAGGGAACAUUGACACACACAUAUACAUGCGCGCACACACACACUUUUCUGCUUCACUGACAGGUCGAGUUGUGGUCUGAGAAGAUCAUCUGAGCUAUGCCUUUCUCACCCUCCCUCUCCUCUAUCUCUCCAUCUGUGCCUCACUCAGGAAUGACCAACAGGCCUGACCUGAUAGACGACGCCUUGUUGAGACCAGGCAGGUUGGAAGUCAAAAUGGAGAUUGGUAAGAAAUCAACAACACUGUUGUGGAAAUUCUUACACUGGACACUCAAAGUCAAUAUUAAAUGAAUCACUUUUUAUUGUCAGCAAGCUGGAGAGGUCACAGUCAAACUUAGAUGCAUACAGUGCCGGUCUGAAGUGAGCUCUAAAAGAGCAUGCCUUAUAUACGGCUACCUAAACCUACAUAAACAUGAUUCAUUGGAUUGGUUCCUACAUGUGACUGGCUCCGUCUCCUAUAUUAACUUAAAUAACAUAUUCUGGGCGUUCUGCCAGAUGGUCCUCUGGAGGGGGUCAUGACGCCCCCCCCUCAUAUCUUGACCAAAUACAGGCAGGACCCAAGGAUUGUUUAUGACACCAAAGAUAAGAUGCACAAAGUAAAAUGUCCUUUACAACACCACAAAGCAUCCACUCUAACCAAAGACCUUGCUUAGUUUCUUUUAGGUUAAUAUAUUCAGGUUUUAGGUCAUUUUCAGGUAUUUUAUUUUCUUCUGUGAAGGACAUUCUUAUUCAUAUAUGUUGUACCUUUUACAUGACAAACAACACCUAGACAUUUCUACUUUUCCAGUUUCAUCCCUUGUACAGUGACACAGUGAAGACAGCAGAUAAACACACAGGUACAGGAUAUACAGAAGACGUUUCCCUUCUCUCUUCCUCCCCCAGGUUUGCCUGAUGAGAAGGGGCGUGUCCAGAUCCUCAACAUCCACACAGCUAAGAUGCGUCAGUUCAACCUGCUGGGCAGCGACGUGGACGUCAGUGAGCUGGCCGCUGAGACCAAGAACUACAGCGGAGCCGAGCUGGAGGGGCUGGUCAGAGCUGCCCAGUCCACCGCCAUGAACCGACACAUCAAGGUCAAUAUCACACAUAGGCGGACAUUUUUAUUAGCCUACAUAGGCGGUAUUUUUCUCUUCUCCUCAACAUUAAGUCUACAACCGACAAUCGUUGUGUGUUAAGGGGCUGUAGGUCUCGUAGGUAUUGUGCAAUUAGUCAUAAGACAUUGUGCUCCCUCAGAGACAACUCUCGUCUGGAAGGAGGAGGGAGAGAACGAGUGAUUAGGACAGAGAGAGAGAGAGGGGGGGGGGGACUGCUCCAGCCAUUCCACCUGUGUAAGCCCUUGUCUGUCCAUGUCAUCGCCCUCCAAUAGAGGCCAGGAGUGUGGCAAGGGGCAGACCACUUAACAGACGAGCACCUUGCUUUAUCUGGCCGUGUGUGUGUGAGUGUGUGACAGAGACUCUCCACACCUGAUAAAUCACUUAGGGCAGACACACACCUGGACUCUCUAAGCCUCGCUUACACAGACACACGAUUCCACGAUAACAGUGACAGAAUCCACUUCGCAGUGGGCUAAACAACAGCGUUUCAGUUGAUCGAGUCGACUGGGGAGGGGGACUAUUGUAAACAUCCACUCAAGCAAGCUAGAUCAGUAAGUCCAAACUAUCACGUCAUCAUCAUUACAGGACAAAAUAAAGGUCGGUACUAUACUAUCAAUGGUUAGCUGGAACAGCGUUAACUUAUUUGGGGAUUUUGUCUACACUCCUCAACAUCACAGUGCCAUAAAUAAUCUAGGAUCAGGGCUGAAGUUAGUGGAUAGUUAGUCGAGCAGUUUGUUGCUAGUUAGUUGAACAUCUAUUAACCAUCUGUAUUGGAUCGUCCUAGUAAUAUCUCCCCCCUUGUCCUCUGUCCCCCUGCAGGCCAGCGCCACGGUGGAGGUGGACCUAGAGAAGGCUGAGAAUCUGCAGGUCCACAGAGACGACUUCCUGGCCUCACUGGAGAACGACAUCAAACCUGUGAGUAUACCCCUUCCUCCCUCCAUCUCUUUACCAUUCUCCAUCCUUCUCUCUCUACCAUUGCCUACAUCCAAAAGUCCUCUUCCAACAUUUGGAUAGACUUUCAACAAUUCCAUCAUCACAUCAAGUAGAUGGCAAUGUCCAUUGUCCACUAUAUGCAGGAAAUUGGACAAUAAAUGUGGACAUCAUUUUGAGAUAUUUCUAAGAGCAAUUUUAAUAAUGGACCCUUUUAAGGCGAUGAUUUAGUGGAUCUGACUCUCUCUCUCCUCCUCUUUCCCUCUCUCUCUCCCCGCUGGCCAGGCAUUUGGUACCAACUCAGAGGACUAUGCCAGCUACAUCAUGAACGGCAUCAUUAAGUGGGGCGACCCGGUGACAGCCGUGCUGGAUGACGGGGAACUGCUGGUGCAGCAGACCAAGAACAGCGACCGCACACCACUGGUGUCUGUGCUACUGGAGGGUAAGAGAGACACACACAUGCAGGUGCACACACACACACACACACACACACACACACACAUUCGCACACACAAAUACACUAAAAUAUUUACAUUUCAGUCAGUUAGCAGACGCAUGUUAUCCUGAGCGACUUACAGUGCAUUCAUCUUAAGGUAGCUAGUUACGUCCACCACAUCUCAUAGUAAUAAUAAAAAUGAUAUUUAAUUUGUAGAGCGCAUUUCCCACACAAUUAAGUAAAACGUACAUCAACAAAGCAGCCAUCAGCAAAGUCAGUGCUAGUAACAAAAUGCUAGUGUUAGUGCAAGACACACACAAAGAUGAGCAAGGACACAAACAACUGAUACUAUUUUAGUCUAUAUAUUUUUCUUUCCUUUACUGCUAAAAGGGACAUUAACUUGAAAUGACUCUUGUAUAAAUAUGAACCAUAUCAUUCAGAUUUCCUUUGUUCAAAAUACAGUAUGGUGGUUUUCUAUAUACAGUCGUGGUCAAAAGUUUUGAGAAUGACACAAGUAUUGGUCUUCACAAAGUUUGCUGCUUCAUUGUUUUUAGAUAUUUUUGUCAUGGUAUACUGAAGUAUAAUUACAAGCAUUCCAUGAGUGUCAAAGGCUUUUAUUCACAAUUACAUUAGGUUUAUGCAAAGAGUCAAUAUUUGCAGUGUUGACCCUUCUUUUUCAAGACCUCUGCAAUCCGCCCUGGCAUGCUGUCAAUUAACUUCUGGGCCACAUCCUGACUGAUGGCAGCCCAUUCUUGCAUAAUCAAUGCUUGGAGUUUGUCAGAAUUUGUGGGUUUUUGUUUGUCCACCCGCCUCUUGAGGAUUGACCACAAGUUCUCAAUGGGAUUAAGGUCUGGGGAGUUUCCUGGCCAUGGACCCAAAAUGUCGAUGUUUUGUUCCCCGAGCCACUUAGUUAUCACUUUUGCCUUAUGGCAAGGUGCUCCAUCAUGCUGGAAAAGGCAUUGUUCGUCACCAAACUUUUCUUGGAUGGUUGGGAGAAGUUGCUCUCGGAGGAUGUGUUGGUACCAUUCUUUAUUCAUGGCUAUGUUCUUAGGCAAAAUUGUGAGUGAGCCCACACCCUUGGCUGAGAAGCAACCCCACACAUGAAUGGUCUCAGGAUGCUUUACUGUUGGCAUGACACAGGACUGAUGGUAGCGCUCACCUUGUCUUCUCCGGACAACCUUUUUUCCAGAUGCCCCAAACAAUCGGAAAGGGAAUUCAUCAGAGAAAAUGACUUUACCCCGGUCCUCAGCAGUCCAAUCCCUGUACCUUUUGCAGAAUAUCAGUCUGUCCCUGAUGUUUUUCCUGGAGAGAAGUGGCUUCCUCGCUGCCCUUCAUGACACCAGGCCAUCCUCCAAAAGUAUUCGCCUCACUGUGUGUGCAGAUGCACUCACACCUGCCUGCUGCCAUUCCUGAGCAAGCUCUGCACUGGUGGUGCCCCGAUCCCACAGAUGAAUCAACUUUACGAGACGGUCCUGGCGCUUGCUGGACCUUCUUGGGCGCCCUGAAGCCUUCUUCACAACAAUUGAACCUCUCUCCUUGAAGUUCUUGAUGAUCCGAUAAAUAGUUGAUUUAGGUGCAAUCUUACUAGCAGCAAUAUCCUUGCCUGUGAAGCCCUUUUUGUGCAAAGCAAUGAUGACGGCACGUGUUUCCUUGCAGGUAACCAUGGUUAACAGAGGAAGAACAAUGAUUUCAAGUACCACCCUCCUUUUAAAGCUUCCAGUCUGUUAUUUUAACUCAAUCAGCAUGACAGAGUGAUCUCCAGCCUUGUCCUCGUCAACACUCUCACCUGUGUUAAAGAGAGAAUCACUGACAUGAUGUCAGCUGGUCCUUUUGUGGCAGGUCUGAAAUGCAGUGGAAAUGUUUUUGGGGGAUUAAGUUCAUUUUCAUGGCAAAGAGGGACUUUGCAAUUAAUUGCAAUUCAUCUGAUCACUCUUCAUAACAUUCUGGAGUACAGUAAUCCCUCGUUUAUCGCGGGGGUUACGUUCCGAAAAUGACCCGCGAUAAGUGAAAUCCGCGAAAUAGAAAACUUUUUUUUUUUACAAUUAGCAACUAUUACAUGUAUACAAAUACAGUGACUCACGUGUAGGCCGUUUCACUGCUCUUCAGACUGGGCCGCUGCAUCCUGACUGCGCUCUGCAGUGUUCUCUUCUUCUGAAGCCCGCGGUGCAGGUGUGUUUGUUCGGGAGAAGAACAUAGUGAUAGGCAGCUGUUGUCGCUCUUUUUUCUUCUUUGCAAAAAGAUCCUUGUACACCGACAUGCCACCAUCGAUUACGUUGGAGAACUGUAAUGAACGGCUCAUCAAAGGGUCCCAUUCCUCACGGCUGCAUAGCUUUUACCUUCCCUUAGCAUGUCCAGAAGUUUAACUUUAUCUGAGAUAGGUAGCAUCUUCCGCCGUUUGGGCCCAUCCGCAGGUGCUUUUGUCGGUCCAGGCCGUUUCGUCGACAUUAUGGGUUUAGGAGAUGUUCGAAAUUACAAGAUAAUUUGGCCAACUUAAUGUAAAUUUGCCAAGCUGUUUUAUGUACGUACACAUAACUGCACGAGACGACAAAAUGAUAGCACAAUUCGUAGCAUGUUUUGAUACAAGAAGCGGGAGUGAGUUUUUAGCGAAUCAGAAUGCAGAGCACAAUGCACCAAAAAAAAAAAAAUGCAUUAUGAAAAUCCGCGAAAUAGCGAAUCCGCGAUAAGUGAACCGCGAAGUGGCGAGGGAUCACUGUAUAUGCAAAUUACCAUCAUAAUAACUGAGGCAGCAGACUUUGUAAAAAUUAAUAUUUGUGUCAUUCUCAAAACUUUUGACCACAGCUGUAGUAUGCUAUGCUCUCUCUCCUAGGUCCCCCCAACAGUGGAAAGACCGCUCUGGCAGCUAAGAUCUCAGAGGAAUCUCAGUUCCCCUUUAUAAAGAUCUGCUCUCCAGACAAGAUGAUUGGCCACUCCGAGAUUGCUAAAUGCCAGGCCAUCAAGAAGGUGAGGAAAGGGAUACCCACACACACACACACAGUGUCAGUACCUAUGUCUUCACCACCCUUAACCCUCUUUGUUCCAGAUAUUUGAAGAUGCCUAUAAGUCCCAGCUGAGCUGUGUAGUGGUAGAUGACAUUGAGCGCUUGCUGGGUAAGGUUCUGCUUGCAUUGUGGUAACACUAUUCUUCUUUUUUAAGUAUCCUUUUAAGUUCAGGGUUAUAACAUAGAACAAAAUGCUCAUAAAGCAAAAACACCAUUCUCCUUCUGAUAACCCUGCCAUAACCAGCUAAAAAGGGCCAUAUGUACAGUUGAAGUCGGAAGUUUACAUACUGCUUAGCCAAAUACAUUUAAACUCAGUUUUUCACAAUUCCUGACAUUUAAUCCUAGUAAAUAUUCCCUGUCUUAGGUCAGUUAGGAUCACCACUUUAUUAAGAAUGUGAAAUGUCAGAAUAAUAGUAGAGAGAAUGAUUUAUUUCAGCUUUUAUUUCUUUCAUCACAUUCCCAGUGGGUCAGAAGUUUACAUACACUCAAUUAGUAUUUGGUAGCAUUCCCUUUAAAUUGUUUACUUGGGUCAAACGUUUCUGGUAGCCUUCCACAAGCUUCCCACAAUAAGUUGGGUGAAUUUAGGCCCAUUCCUCCUGACAGAGCUGGUGUAACUGAGUCAGGUUUGUAGGCCUCCUUGCUCGCACACGCUUUUUCAGUUCUGCCCACAAAUGUUCUAUAGGCUUGAGGUCAGGGCUUUGUGAUGGCCACUCCAAUACCUUGACAUUGUUGUCCUUAAGCCAUUUUGCCACAACUUUGGAAGUAUGCCUGGGGUCAUUGUCCAUUUGCGACCAAGCUUUAACUUCCUGACUGAUGUCUUGAGAUGUUGUUUCAAUAUAUCCACAUAAUUUUCCUUCCUCAUGAUGCCAUCUAUUUUGUGAAGUGCACCAGUCCCUCCUGCAGCAAAGCACCCACACAGCAUGAUGCUGCUACCCCCUUGCUUCACGGCUGGGAUGGUUUUCUUCAGUUUGCAAGCCACCAUCUUUUUCCUCAAAACAUAACGAAUGUCAUUAUGGCCAAACAGUUUGAUUUUUGUUUCGUCAGACCAGAGUAAAUUUCUCCAAAAAGUACGAUCUUUGUCCCCAUGUGCAGUGGCAAACCGUAGCCUGGCUUUUUUAUGGCGGUUUUGGAGCAGUGGCUUCUUCCUUGCUGAGCGGCCUUUCAGGUUAUGUCGAUAUAGGACUCAUUUUACUGUGGAUAUAGAUACUUUUGUACCUGUUUCCUCCAGCAUCUUCACAAGGUCCUUUGCUGUUGUUCUGGGAUUGAUUUGCACUUUUCGCACAAAAGUAUGUUAAUCUCUAGGAGACGGAACGCGUUUCCUUCCUGAGCGGUAUGACGGCUGCGUGGUCCCAUGGUGUUUAUACUUGCGUACUAUUGUUUGUACAGAUGAACAUGGUACCUUAAGGCAUUUGGAAAUUGCUCCCAAGGAUGAACCAGACUUGUGGAGGUCUACAAAAAAAAAUUCUGAGGUCUUGGCUGAUUUCUUUUGAUUUUCCCAUGAUGUCAAGCAAAGAGGCACUCAGUUUGAAGAUAGGCCUUGAAAUACAUCCACAGGUACACCUCCAAUUGACUCAAAUGAUGUCAAUUAGCCUAUCAGAAGCUCCUAAAGCCAUGACAUCAUUUUCUGGAAUUUUCCAAGCUGUUUAAAGGCACAGUCAACUUAGUGUAUGAAAAUUUCUGACCCACUGGAAUUGUGAUACAGUGAAUUAUAAAUGAAAUAAUCUGUCUGUAACAAUUGUUGGAAAAAUUACUUAUGUCAUGCACAAAGUAGACUUGCCAAAACGAUAGUUUGUUAACAAGAAAUUUGUGAAGUAGUUGAAAAACAGGUUUUAAUGACUCCAACCUAAGUGUAUGUAAACUUCCGACUUCAACUGUACGUUUAUGUAUCUACAAUACUGUGGCAGGUGUCGAGAGCUGUGUGUAGCUUGAAAGUGUAUAGUAGCAAAGGUUGGGGCUGCUCAUUAAAAUGUACUGUCUUUCAUUGAAAAUGUAAUACAAUUAUAAAUUAAAUAUAGAGCUUCAAUACAAGGGGUUAUUGCUCAGUUUCUGUAGAGGGUAGAACGCCAGUGAAGAUGGUAAAAUAAAGAAAUAUAAAAUCAAGUUAGUUAUUUGACCACAUUUGGCAUUAUAAGAGCUGAAAAAUAUAUUUAAGCAUACUGAUAAUGAGGUAUUAUACUAACCUGUGCACAUUGCCCCGCACAUUGACUCUGUACCGGUGCCCCCUGUAUAUAGCCUCCCUACUGUUAUUUUACUGCUGCUCUUUAAUUCAUAUGUUUUUUACUUAUCUAUUUUUUACUUAACACUUAUCUUUCUUAAAACUGCAUUGUUGGUAUGAAAAAAAUGAAAAAAUGUAUGCACUCACUAACUGUAAGUCGCUCUGGAUAAGAGUGUCUGCUAAAUGACUACAAUGUAAAUGUAAAAUGUUGGUUAAGGGCUUGUAAGUAAGCAUUUCACUGUGACAAAUACAAUUUGAUUUGAUUUUAUAUGCAGCCUACAAGGAAUAUGGGAGAACUUAUGAGUGUCCUUGUUCUCAGACUAUGUCCCGAUUGGCCCCCGUUUCUCAAACCUGGUCCUUCAAGCUUUGCUGGUCCUCCUCAAGAAACCACCUCCCAAGGUCAGUAUUCUGUGGGCUGCGGCUCUUCUUGAAUGUGUGUGUGUGGUCACUCUUAGCAUGCUCUAGUUGUUCUUUUGGCAGUGGCAGAAAGAUGGCAGCAGAUCGUGAUAAUGCCCCAAGUCAUUUCCAUGCAGAGUGAAUCAAAAAGUGUUUCCUAGUUGUGUGAUAGUAUAUAGCUUUACAACUGUGUGUGUUCAUGUGAGCUUUGUGUGUGCUUGUGAGCUUUGUCUCCUGAAUGUAGCCGCCAGGCCUCCAUGGUAUUUUAAGCAGUAGGGCCCUAGUCUGGGCUACGUUCAGCUGUAAAUGUGUUUAAUGUGUAUGAGAUUGUUUUGGUCCAGGCAGUCUGGUUUUUUUUUUUGUGCUGGGUGUGAAUGGGAGCGGAGCUGUUUCUCCUGGAUGUGUGUAUGUGAGAGGGUAUAUGGCAGUAUAGAUGUGUUUGUGAUAAUGUAUUGGUCCAGGCAGGCUGUUAUGCUGGGUGUGAAUGGGAGCCGGGGCUGUUUCUCCAGGGUUGUAAAGCUCCAGGCCCAGCGGGGAGCCCGGGCUAGGGGAGGCCUGCCUCUCGAGGGGGGGACAACGGAGGAGAAUGGGCUCUGUGAGAGAGCCGGGGGGACCUGGCAGCACCGCCGCCUGUGUGGCACCUCAUCUGCAUGCAGGGGCACACCCCCUCCGCACCAUGGGGGGGCAGCCAGCCCAUAAUCCCCCUCUCUCCUCUCCUCUGGCCCCGACCGAGCGACCAUGGCCUCUUGGGAAAGAAACAGGCCACUUCCCUGAUUCAGAGUCAACUAGACUAGAGCAGCUAGGUAGAUGUGGUCCACCGCUGAGAGAGACACCGAGAGACUGAACAGAAGCUUUAUCAAAAGAUUGAUAAAAAGGCUCAUAUUAGGGAUCCCACCUUAUCCAUACACAUUUCCCCAUACUCAUUUACUGUAUGUUGAUGAUGUGAAGCAUGUUGUUAGAUGAGGGUUUUAAUAUAAUAAUAAUAAAUAUGCCAUUUAGCAGACGCUUUUAUCCAAAGCGACUUACAGUCAUGUGCGCAUACAUUUUUACGUAUGGGUGGUCCCGGGGAUCGAACCCACUACCCUGGCGUUACAAGCGCCAUGCUCUACCAAUUGAGCAACAGAGUUUUAUACACUUCCAUACAUCAUUUUCUACAGGAUGUCCUAUCUGUCCCUAAGCUAAAUAUCCAUCUUCAUCAUGUGUCUCUGCGUCAUGUUUCCCCCCCACACAGGGACGUAAGCUGCUGAUCAUCGGCACCACCAGCAGGAAGGAUGUGCUGCAGGAGAUGGAGAUGCUGGACGCCUUCAGUACCACCAUCCACAUCCCCAACAUCUCCAGAGGAGAGCAGCUGGUCGAGGCCCUGGAGGUAGACAUACACUCACACACACUCGCAUACACACACACACACACUCACACACACUCGCAGACAUGCACACACGGGCAACCCACCACACACACCCACACAUACAUACACACAUGUAUGUACCUCGCUCUCCAGUUUUAAAUUUGGGAUGGUGGUAAGUAGGGAUGCAUUUGUUGUGAGUUUUUAAACAGCUUUUCUUUCUGUUGUAGAUGCUAGGUAGUUUCCAGGAGAAGGAGCGGGCAGACAUUGCCAAGGCAGUGAAGGGCCAGAGGGUGUGGAUCGGCAUUAAGAAGCUGACGAUGCUCAUCGAAAUGGCUGUGCAGGUGAGAGAGACAAAGACCCGGUUUAGUUUCAGCCCAGCACUAACCAUCAAAUAAUCAACCAGUCAUGGCCUUCUUCAAUCUGGACCACGAUUAGUGGGUUCAGGUAUGUUACUGCUGGGCUGGAACAAAAGCUUGCACACACCCUUUAGCUCUCCCAGAGUGGGAGUUGGAGAACCUUGGCCUAGACAACCACAGUCUGGGGAGUCACGGAUUCUUGUCUGGUUUCAGUCAAAACAAACCGACAUUAAUUACGACCUUUAAUUAAAACCAGUUUGGAUUCAACAAUGAUUUGUGUGGUGAGCCCCAAUAAUGUCAUCGCUCUACUUUCCCGACCAUUCUCUGCAUACUUCCCCGUCUUAUGUGCUCACAUGCUAUGAAUUGUAGAGGAAUGCCAGCCACACAAAGACCACAUAGCACCUUGGAAAGGUCUUAUCUACUGUUGAGGGUUACUCUCUUAGGCCCUGUCCAGAAACAACCCCUAGAGGGGUGCAUGUUUUUGUUCUUCCCCAGCACUAACACACCCGAUUCAGCUAAUCAAGGGCUGGAAGAGAAGUUAGAUUGGGUGAAUCAGGUGUGGGUCCCGAGGACCAGGAUGUUAAAAUCUGGUGCUAGCGUUACUACUGUAUUUCUAGUCUACGGUAUGUGUCUGCGGUGUGUAUGGUUGUAUGGUCUCUCUCGAUUGUCGAUGUGUGUCCCUGUGCUGUUUGUUGCAGCUGCUGGAUGCUGUGUAAUUGCUGUGGUAUGCACUAAUGCAGCCAUGUUGAGUUAACACACACCUCCCACCAAGAGGAGUAUGAACGAGUGUCUGCCAAGACAUGCUGCGCACAGACUCCCUGCUCCGCCGACGUGACACCCACUUCUCCCUCUCUAUUUUUACCCUCUCAUCCCACAUUUUCCCCAAUAGUUUUCACUUCUCUCAUGUCUUAUCUCCAAUAGCUACAGGCAAUUCAAAAGAUAAGUUAUUGCAUAGACUGACAUUAAUUUUCUUUCCCAAUCCCCUCCCCUCCCCUUCAAAUCCUCUUUCUUCAAUAGAAAGCAUGAACUCCAGGGCCUAUUUGCCACCACUGGAAAUGUACAGGUAACUGCCAAAAUGAUACAGGUAAAUGCCAAAUGAAACAUCAAUAUAAAGUGUCUUAAUAGGGUGUUGGGCCAGAACAGCUUGAAUACACCUUGGCAUAGAUUCUACAAGUGUCUGGAACUCUAUUGGAGGGAUGCGACACUAUUCUUCUACGAGAAAAUAAUUUGUUGUCCAGAAUCUCCCAGAAGUGUUAAAUUGUGUUGAGAUCUCUUCUUCUAGCCAUGGUAGCCAAAAUAAUGUGCAACUGGGCAUUUUCAUACAUGACCUUAAGCAUGAUGGGAUGUUGAUUGCUUAAUUAACCACACCUGUGUGGAAGCACCUGCUUUCAAUAUACUUUGUGUCCCUCAUUUCUCAAGUGCUUCCUUUAUUUUGGCAGUUACCUGUACAUGUAAUGUCUGACAUUCCACUUCUUUCAUGUAACACAGCUAAUCGUGUUCAGUCCAAUCAUAUAUAUAUAUAUACAGUGGGGGAAAAAAGUAUUUAGUCAGCCACCAAUUGUGGCAAGUUCUCCCACUUAAAAAAGAUGAAGAGGCCUGUAUUUUCAUCAUAGGUACAUGUCAACUAUGACAGACAAAUGAGAAAAAAAAUUCCAGAAAAUCACAUUGUAGGAUUUUAUGAAUUUAUUUGCAAAUGAAUGGUGGAAAUAAGUAUUUGGUCAAUACAAAAGUUUCUCAAUACUUUGUUAUAUACCCCUUGUUGGCAAUGACACAGGGUCAAACGUUUUUCUGUAAGUCUUUCACACACUGUUGCUGGUAUUUUGGCCCAUUCCUCCAUGCAGAUCUCCUCUAGAGCAGUGAUGGUUUUGGGGCUGUCGCUGGGCAACACGGACUUUCAACUCCCUCCAAAGAUUUUCUAUGGGGUUUGAGAUCUGGAGACUGGCUAGGCCACUCCAGGACCUUGAACAUGCUUCUUACGAAGCCACUCCUUCAUUGCCCGGGAGGUGUGUUUGGGAUCAUUGUCAUGCUAAAAGACCCAGCUACGUUUCAUCUCAAUGCCCUUGCUGAUGGAAGGAGGUUUUCACUCAAAAUCUCACGAUACAUGGCCCCAUUCAUUCUUUCCUUUACACGGAUCAGUCGUCCUGGUCCCUUUGCAGAAAAACAGCCCCAAAGCAUGAAGUUUCCACCCCCAUGCUUCACAGUAGGUAUGGUGUUCUUUGGAUGCAACUCAGCAUUCUUUGUCCUCCAAACACGAUGAGUUGAGUUUUUUACCAAAAAGUUAUAUUUUGGUUUCAUCUGACAAUAUGACAUUCUCCCAAUCCUCUUCUGGAUCAUCCAAAUGCACUCUAGCAAACUUCAGACGGGCCUGGACAUGUACUGGCUUAAGCAGGGGGACACGUCUGGCAAUGCAGGAUUUGAGUCCCUGGCGGAGUAGUGUGUUACUGAUGGUAGGCUUUGUUACUUUGGUCCCAUCUCUCUGCAGGUCAUUCACUAGGUCCCCCCGUGUGGUUCUGGGAUUUUUGCUCACCGUUCUUGUGAUCAUUUUGACCCCACGGGGUGAGAUCUUGCGUGGAGCCCCAGAUCGAGGGAGAUUAUCAGUGGUCUUGUAUGUCUUCCAUUUCCUAAUAAUUGCUCCCACAGUUGAUUUCUUCAAACCAAGCUGCUUACCUAUUGCAGAUUCAGUCUUCCCAGCCUGGUGCAGGUCUACAAUUUUGUUUCUGGUGUCCUUUGACAGCUCUUUGGUCUUGACCAUAGUGGAGUUUGGAGUGUGACUGUUUGAGGUUGUGGACAGGUGUCUUUUAUACUGAUAACAAGUUCAAACAGGUGCCGUUAAUACAGGUAACGAGUGGAGGACAGAGGAGCCUCUUAAAGAAGAAGUUACAGGUCUGUGAGAGCCAGAAAUCUUGCUUGUUUGUAGGUGACCAAAUACUUAUUUUCCACCAUAAUUUGCAAAUAAAUUCAUUAAAAAUCCUACAAUGUGAUUUUCUGGAUUUUUGUUUUCUCAAUUUGUCUUUCAUAGAUGAUGUGUACCUAUGAUGAAAAUGACAGGCCUCUCUCAUCUUUUUAAGUGGGAGAACUUGCACAAUUGGUGGCUGACUAAAUACUUUUUUUCCCCACUGUAUAUAUCUCAUCAUAUCUAACCCAUAGUCAAGAUGACCAUUGUUGAAUAGUACCAUGCAUUUGCAUAGUUACGUGACAUUGUUUCUGUGAGCCUCUCUCUCAGAGCUGGUUCUCCCCCUGGGGUUAGCCAGACAUAAGACCCACUCUCCAUGAUGCUACUGCUGCUGUUCAGAUUGCCAGAUGUAUCACUCCCUCCUGUCAUCCUACAGUUGAUCCACUUCCCUCCAAGCCGCCCACUCAAACCUUCCCAGCCAAUUACAGACAGCCCUGCAGGCACCUGUGCUGUGCCGGCCCCAGGCCCACUGAGAACCAUCUGCAGUCUACUUUUAAACAAGUUCUAG